AUAUCUUAACAAUUGACAGUCAUCAAAAAGUACAUACAGAAUCUCGUAUAAAAGUGUAUAUUAUUUGGGGGCGUUAAGUUCAUUUAUUUUUCAUUUGCAAAAAUUUUUUUUAUCAAAUAAUUAGUUUUAUUUUUUUAUAAAUUUGUUAAAAAUUUUCAAUAUUUUCUGGUUGACAUUGACAUUUAUAUAAAAGUGCCAAUAUGUAUAUAUUUCUUGUUAGAAAAUAUUAUAAUAUUACAACAAAUAUUUUAACAAUAAGUAAUUUUUAAUGAUUACUAUAGAAAGUUGUAAUAACAGAUUGACGAUCGAAAGAAUGGAAAACGUUAUGGAGAGUGUCAAUGGACAAUUGCAAAUAAAAUAUCAAAAAAUUGCUACAGAAUACUCAAAAAUUCGUGCUCAAGCAAAUGUAUUAAAAAAAGCUGUGAUUGAUGAGCAAACACGUAAUGCAGAUAUUCGAGAGCAACUAAAAGAGAAAGAAGUAGAACUUCGAAGAGCUGAACAAGAAUUAGAUAGUUUAUCAUUUCGAAAUCAACAAUUAACUAAACGUAUAACUGUGUUGCAAGAAGAACUUGACAAAGCUCAAAAUAAAUCUAAGAAAGGGAAGAAUAAAUUGUUGGAAAAUAAUAGCCAAGUACUUGCAUCGCCGAAUCAUAUCUUAGAUGAGGAAUUCCAAAAAAAAAUAGUUGAGAAUGCUCAGUUAUUAUCACAAAUUAGCGAUAAAGAUAGUGAAAUUGAAACUUUAAAUGAAAGAAUACAACAAUUAGAAUCUAAAUUAGAUCAUUGUGAAAAAUCUAAAAUUGAAUUAGAAUGUCAAUAUCAAAAUAUUGUAGAUAAAUUGGAAAGAGAAAGGAAUGAUUUACAAAAAAAAUUAAGUGAUAAACAAAAACAAGAGGAAAGCGUUUCAUGGUCUAGUAAUGAAGGUAAACGGGAUGGAUACGAAUCUGAUAAUAGGAUAGGACAUUCGAAUCUUCCACAAAUAGAACCAUCUCCACUCUCAUCGCCAUCUGCAUCGCGUAGAUCAUCAAAAUCUAUUAAUGAAAGCCGAUCUCAUAAAAUACAAGAGGAGGGUAAUAAUUUUGAUUUUUCAAAAUCUUGUGAAGUAUUAGAAAAAGAAAUUAAUCAUUGGAGGGCGCAAUAUCACAUACUUAAAAUAAAAUAUGAUGAAAUAUUGCAAAAAGAAUAUACGAAUAAUAUUGAAUAUGAAUCUUUACAACCUGUAGAAAUAAAUCAUAUGAUUGGGAGAUUAACAAUACCAUUUUCAAUACCAGAAGAAAUUGAAGCUCGAGAAGCAAAAAUCCAAGAUUAUUUCCUACAAGAAAUUGAUAAAUUAAUAACGGAAAAACAUAUUUAUCAUGUAAAAAAUUUAGCUAUGGCUGCAACUAACGAAGUUCUACAAGUUCAUUUGGAUACAAGUGAAUCAAAGAGAGAGAAAUGCGAAUCUGCGCUUACAGAAGCACUUUUAAAUUCUAAUAUUUUACAGAAAGAUAAAGAAAUACAAGAAGGAAAUUAUAAAGCACAACUCAGUACUAUGAGUGAACAUCUUGCUAAUAUGAAUGAAAAGCUUAUUUCGCAAACAGAAGAAAUACAACAAUUAAAAUUUCAACUUGUAAAUAAGAAUAGUAAAAAAGGAAAACAAAAGUGAUACAAAAGUCAGGUUAUGAAUUAACGAUUAUUGACAUUCCAACAGUAACAUGCUUUAAUCUGAACUAUUAACAAUUUUAAUUUCAUGUACAUAUGAAAUUUGCACUUUUCAAACAAUCAUUAUUUUUUAUUAUAUAUAUUAACUAAUAUAUUAAGGAAUUUUCUAAAUCAAAGUUAUUUUAUUUAUGAAAUAAAAAUUAUUUACUUUAAUUUACUCUUAUAUAUUAUAAAACAUUUAU